AUGCGUAGUUCAUUCGGAUUUGCCAAUAACAACGAGUACUUACCACUCAUGAACGGAAACAAGGCCUACAUUCGUAUUGAUUCAGUUAAUGCUGGUGGAUUCCCAGUUAACAACAAAACAGCUUUAAUUGCAUGCGUUGGCCCACGUUCAACUUUCAUGAGACAUCAAGCAGAGUUCACACCAAAGACUAAUCCAUCCAAUACAUGGGAGUUUAACUACACCAAUUCAUCAAGAGCAUCUUUUGUUUUCUGUCUUUUCAAGAAGCAUUUGUUCGGUGGAGAUGAAGAGAUUGGUGAGAUCGAACUCCGCCUUUCAGCCUUCGAACUAAAUACAGUUGUCAGCAACAAGUUCACUCUUAAGAGUCCAAAUCCACGUAUUGCUCCAGCUACAGCUGUUAUCAGUGUUCAUCUUUGCGAAGAUGGAAGCUUCCCAUUCUGUGCUCCUCUUGACGGAAAAGUUCUUUCCAACCCAGAAAUCGAACACGCAAAGACAUACUUCAAGUAA